UGUCAACUGUCAGUCGGUCAGUCGUAAAUUACCCAAUACAAUAAUUCUGAAUUCUUUACAAAAUAAUUAAACAAUUGCAGAAUUGUUACUUGUACGCCCUUUAACUCUUUUUAUAGUGUCUUCUUGCUGGUAAAUAAAGUUAAUAGUGUUUUGAAUCCAAUGAAAUUGAUUUAUUUAGUAGUAAUUCACAUUAAUUUUUUAUAAUGGCUUCCUAAGCCAGCUAAGCUAAGUUGCGUCUGUAAAAAUGCAGCGUAAACCAGGAUUCCCCGUUGCGAACUGCAAUAUAAAAAUGCCUGACGGCUCAAUGUCUCCAGAAGUAGCAGGGGAUGAUGAAUGGGAUCCUCAGCAUAGACGGCAGCAACUCAUAAAUUUUGGUCACUCUCAAUGGGGCUUUAAUAAUUGGAAUUGGAUGGUCACAAAGCAGGACUUGGAUUUUGUUGAAUUAAUUAAUGGAAAAUACACAGCUGGAGUGGCUGCAUUUAUUAAUGUUACUGUAAAGAGUUUUGAUAUACAUCGGGAAAAUGUUGGAUAUGCAACAUCUAUUGGCAUCACUAAAGGCUCAGCUAUACAUAGAGCCCGUAAGUGUGCUGUUACAAAUGCACUCCGUGAGACCUUAUUAAGCUUUGGAGGUUCUGUGUCCACAGAGCUCAUUGAAUUACUGGAAACAAACAAAGUAGAAGUGCCCCCGCCAGAACCAGAUAUUCAAAUACUCAAACCAACUGAACCCAAAAACUUAGCUCGUAAAGAAGAAACAAAUGGAACAAUUGCUAAGAAUAUACCUAAUGUGCCGAGUGUGACUCCUAUACGUCCUCCACCACCAACUAUCAAGAAUGCUGUCAAUAUUCCACCCCCCAUAGCCAAGGCCCACCCAAUGCCAGCUAACCUGCCCCCAGCAGCCAACAGGCCCCCUUUGGUACAGCGUCCACCGCCGCCCCCCCCGGCCCCUCACGUGCGACCGAACAACGUAAGUUUUAUCCUCCCAGUUAUGGGGGGCAUGGUACCCCCCAUGUAUCCUCCGCCCCCGCGAAUCCCCCACGCACCCACCAUGUACCACAAUUACUACGAAUACCCGUGGCAUUUUUACGAAACGUACGACCGUCACCAUGGUAACGUUAAUUUGAACUUCAAUAUGCCGCCUAAGAAUCUCGUCGUGAACAGCCGGUCGCCGGUAGAAUGCAAGAAUGCAUGCAGACAGGGCCCAAACGGCCCCGAAAUGGAUCCAAAUUAUCUUCCACAGAAUCAAGGCUGUUGGAUAAAGCCCACGAUCUUCUAUGAUGGCUUCUGGACGGAGCAAAAGGUUAAGAAAUGGGUGGCCGAACAGGUUGAGAAACAGUUCCCAGAAGAUGGUUCUAAGCCUUCUUCACCUAGUAGUGGUCUAGAACCAACCGCGCCCAAAUCAUAAGCAUUUGUAUACUGUCCAAUAUUUGCCAAUUUUAACUUUUGUUCACUAAUGAACAUCACUUUUUUGCUCAUAAUACAUCGUUUUCUUAUACAGCGAUAUACAUAAUGUAUCGUAUAUUCUCUAAACACGCGAUUCGAACUUAGUAAUUUACACUUAGAGUAAGUAUAUUUUUACUGAAAUACACUAUUUUUUAUCGAUUUUUUUCAAUGUUACUAGUUCGGUAGGAUGUGGGUAUUAUUGAUGCUUUGUGUUUAGGAAUAUUAAAGAGUGAUUUAGGGCGUCAGUGUAAAAUUUGAAAUGUUAAAAAAUGUUUCCGUAAUAUGUAAUUAUAAAAUACAAUAAUUCCCUUUUGUGUAUGGAUACUUUAUAUUUAUUAGAAGUAAAAAUGUAUCAUCUCUUACAUGUUUCUCUAAUUAAAGGUAUAUAUCUAUUUAGCGGUUCUACUAAAAGUAAUAACUUACCUUAAGUCAUACUUACGGCUUAUGACAAUAAUGUGUUUUCAGUAGAAUGGCCGAUAACUCAAUAUGUCAACUAUAUAUUUUAAACAGAAUUUACUGUCCAAGUUCAUCAUAAACGUUCUAUCGACUUUAUUUUUUAAGCUAUUUGUUUAAUUUAUAUGAACGUUGUUAGUAAGAAAAACAGUAAAUGCCUAAUACAUAAAAUGUUUGUAAGUUUUAUAUUUUUGUUAAUUUCCUAUUGAAACGUGAACUUGGCAGUAUAAAUAUAUAAUAAAAUCUUAACAGUCCUGACUAGUAAAUGUUACAGUUAUCAUAAGUAUUCCAAUCUCAGACAUCAUCACUGUAUUUUAAUCCUUUUUUUAAUAUCAGCAAGGAUCUUCUAAACCAUAUAUUUUAAUUGUUUUGUAGAAAUUUACUCUUCAAAAUCCUAAUUCUAUAUAUAAAUAAGCGAUAGCUAUAAAUGAUGGAAUUACAAUAGGUAUUAUAUUGUGUGGUAUCAUUAUUAAAUACAUGUUUUAUUAUAAUAAUAAAUUGUUUGAAAUUAUGGCAUGUUUAAUUGUCAGUUUUAGCUGUAA